UUUGCCAGACAGCUCAGGGGAGAGCCUUCCCCUGUGGACCGCGGGCCUUGCACACGUCCCCGUCGUCCUCCUCUCACUGAUCCCACACCGGACACCGGGCUCCAGCUUCCAGACCCCCACCCGGCCUCCCGAGGGCUUCCCAGGGGCUUCCUUUGGACUGAACUGCUCCUGCUUGUCCAGCCCCCGCCUUCCCCAGAGCCCUGAGCCACAGGCUGACGCAUCCUCUCGCCAGUAGUGAUGAGGUCCCGGCUUCUGCUUUCUGUGGCCCAUCUGCCCACAAUCCGGGAGAGCACGGAGGAGAUGCUGCCUGGGGGGCCAGGGCAGGAGCCCCCAGCCUCGCCCAGCCUGGACGACUAUGUGAGGUCCAUCUGUCAGCUCGCGCAGCCCACCUCCCUACUGGACGAGGCCACAGCCCUGGGCCGGCCCCGGCCACCCCACCAGCUGGGCCAGGCCUGCGAGAAGAGCCCCCCUGUCCCAUCCCUGCAGGACAUCACUGCCCGCUGCAGCGGCCAGCAGCCCACACUGCCAGAAGCCAACAUUGUUGACCCCCUGGACUGGCUCUUUGGGGAGUCCCAGGAGCAGCUGCCAAGUCGGAGGGAGCUGCCGAGGAGGACUGGCCUCUGGGGUCUGCACAGACAGAUGGACAGUGGCAAGGCCAGGGGGGCGCCCAGAGGGAGGCUCUGUGAAGCCAGGGCACCUGGGCACUCUCUGGCACGGCCACCACGGGAUGGGCACCAGAGCUCCAACCUGAGGAGCCAGAUUUCUGGGCAGCCUGGCCAGGCCGUGGCCUCCCCCCACCCAAGCAGCGUCCUCAGAACUCUCUACUCUCUGCUCCCGGUGAUCCACGAACUCUGACCCCACCCCAAUAAAGCCUCCUGUAAAGAG